AUCUGGCAAGUUGAGAAUCAUCAUCCGACGUCUCAAUGCCUGACCCUCCUAGAAACUGGGAUGAAAAUACGAUCUUCUGGGACGUGGAGGAUUGGUCGAUCCUUAAGGAUCUAGAUCCUGAAUUGGUUGUUGAGAAAACCUUCUCCCAUCUUAAUGAUAGAGGAUAUCUACGCUCUGACACGAGUAUCGAGGCCUUCUUUGAUGAUGAUAUCCCGGACAACCUGUUAUAUGCAUAUGAGUCUUCCGGAAUGGUUCAUUUACCCGUAGCCAAAGGUAAUAAACAUGCCAGACUUCACCGCAUGACAGUGUAUAUUCUUAUCUGGGCACACAACCAUCGUCCUUGUCCAUCAAAUUUGUUUAUUCUCUCUGAAAACAUCAAAGAAGACAAGCAGGUCGCAAGUGUUGUUAAAUCUUUGAAUGAGAAACAUUUUUACAAUGUUGUCUUAGUAGAUCCUCGGAGCAUACUAGUUGAUUGUCGACUUUCCCCUGCAAAAGAGUGGAUCUGUGACUGUUGCGGUCUUCCCUUUAAGAAGACAUAUUUCGAUCGCCCCCGGCCCCCCCGCACUCCCCUUACCAGUCCCGGCGUUGCAGUUUAUCGAUCAGCAAGGAAAUCACCAUCUGGACCACCAAGUCAACCAACAAUAUCAUCACCUCCAACCCUUUAAAACGCUUUUAGUUAAUGUUUAUUAACAUGGAAAAGAUAAGUUUCAGAAUUCAAAAGACUAGUAUCAGUGAUAUCUUUGAAUCAUCAAAACUAGAGACUAGCCGAAAAAUGAAACCUUUCUUGGUUA